AUGCCUGGGUUAUUCCAGAGCUUCUUUGAGGCUCUCCAAAAAUCAAAUCACCGUCACGGUGUCGGCCCUCCACCUGGUACACGCCUCUUUGGCAAAUCUGGCUCCAAGAAAGUUUCCAAGGACGACUCCAAAAAGGGUUAUAAGACUUGGCACUUUUGCGCCUACAAGGGGUGCAAGAGCCAGUCUGAGGCGUAUGCCAAAGGUCGAAAUUAUGGGUUUCUGGCAUCACCUUAUUGCAGCGAUCACGCUUGCCGUCACUGGGACCAUGGCCAGCCGUGCAAGAAUCCGACCAAAAGGGACGAACCUCUUUGUGACAUUCACGGAUGUGUCAAGGAUGGUUGCAAGAAUCAAAAAGAAAUAAAGAGUGCGAGUCUCAACUCCAAGUACUGCCUCAAGCACACUUGCGUCGAGGCCGACUGUCUCGAGAUGUCGGAUAGCGCUCUCAACAGAUGCGAAAAACACACGUGCGCCUUUGCAACAUGCCUCGAGCCAGUCACGCCUGGUGAUGAUGCCGUGACGAAAUACUGCGCAAGGCAUAGGCAGUGCAAAGCAGCGACAUGCAAUCAAGACGUCCAACUGUCCGAUGGUCGCGGACCGUUGCCAUAUUGCAAGGACCACUAUUGCGCCUUUGGGCAUGAUUGCGACGAGCCGCGCCAUGGCACCUCGACCGCGUGUGAGAAGCAUAUUUGUCGUGCAAAGUCGACCAAUGCACCAGGGAGUCGUUUGCGCCAGCCAAGUCCGGAUAUUGCCUUUACCAUAUCUGCCGCGAGUAUUUACCGCCAACCAAUUGUGCUAGCCAGGGAGACCAACAGAAAGGAGGCUAUUGCGACAAGCAUGAACGGUGUGUUGAGGCUGGUUGUAAUAAUUUCCGCUUUGUGA